UGGGUGGGUGGGUAAUUCUGUCACAGAUGAGUUGGUCCCCUGAACUUAGCUACCAGCUCAUGUCCAGGGGACCUUAGUAUCUGAGACCAAGACAUUUUACUAGAGUCAUGUCUUUUGCAGGGAGCUAAGAUCACCAGGAAUCAUCUGCCAUUUCAGACCCCUUGCUGCUUCCUGCCAGGUGGCCCCCACUGCCAAGAAGAAAUGGUGGAUUUCCCAGUCUUGCCAGACUUCUCCCAGCAAGUACCUCUGACCAACAAUCUCUUCUUAUUCACACAUCUCCUUCUUCUUCUUUGGCCUGGAGAGAUGAACUCAGAGGAGGUCAGUGUGGUAGGCCCUGGGGAAUCCAUCCUGGCACUUGUGGGGGAAGAAGUGGAGUUCUCAUGCCACUUGUCACCAUACCUGGAUGCUGAGGAUAUGGAGAUCCGCUGGUUCCGGAGUCGGACCUCUGAAGUGGUCCACCUGUACCAGGGGCGGCAGGAGCUCUACAGCCAGCAGAUGGUGCAGUUCCAGAACAGGACCAAACUCCUCAAAGAUGAUAUCAUGGAUGGUAGUGUGAACCUGCAACUCCUUGGCAUCAUUCCUGCUGAUGAGGGCCUGUAUGGGUGCCGUUUCCUCUCCAGCAACUUCUCUAGGGAAGCAGUCUGGGAGCUGGAGGUAGCAGGGAUGGGCUCAGACCCUCACAUCUCCCUUGAGGGCUUCAAGGAGGGAGGCAUUCAGCUGAAGUGCAGUUCCAGUGGCUGGUACCCCAAGCCCCAGGCUCAGUGGAAAGAUCAUAAAGGACAGUGCCUGCCUCCAAAGAUGGAAGCCAUAGUCCAGGAUGCCCAGGGCCUGUUCAAUCUGGAAACAUCUGUGAUUGUUCAAGGGGGUGCCCACAGUAAUGUGUCCUGCUCCAUCCAGAACUCUCUCCUGAUACAGAAGAAAGAGUUUACCAUCCAGAUAGCAGAUGCAUUUUUACCCGGAACCUCACCCUGGAAGAGAGCUUUCCUGGGGUCUCUGGUGGGACUGCCAUUCCUCCUGGCUUUUCUCUUGACGCUGGCGCUGUACUUCUUUCAGAAGCAACGUAGGUCCCAAGAAAAGUUGAAGGAGCAGGCUGAGAAGGACAAAGGGAGACUCACAGAGGAGCUGGGGAAGCUUCAGAAAGAGCUUGACUGGAGAAGGGCUGAAGGCCAGGCUGAGUGGAGAGCAGCCCAACAAUAUGCAGUGCAUGUAACCCUUGAUCCGGCCUCGGCGCACCGCAGCCUGGAGGUCUCCGAGGAUGGCAAGAGCGUGUCCUCUUGCGCAGCAGUGUCCGGCUUUGUGGCGGGGGACCAGCAGCGGUUCUCUGAGCAGACGUGCGUGCUGAGCUGUGAGCGCUUCUCAACUGGCCGACACUACUGGGAAGUGUAUGUGGGACGGCGCAGCCGCUGGUUCCUGGGUGUGUGUCUGGCUGCAGUUCCCCGCUUGGGGCCAGUGCGCCUAAGCCCGGCCAGCGGUUACUGGGUGAUGGGGCUGUGGAACCACUGUGAGUACUUCGUCCUGGACCCACACCGCAUCGCGCUCACCCUGCGCGUGCCGCCCCGGCGUGUGGGCAUCUUCCUGGACUGGGAGGCAGGAAAACUGUCCUUCUUCAACGUGUCCGACGGCUCCCACAUCUUCACCUUUACCGACACCUUCUCAGGCACGCUCUGUGCGUAUUUCAGGCCCAGAGCUCACGACGGUGGUGAACACCCGGAUCCCCUAACCAUCUGUCCAUUGCCUAUUAGGGGGACACAAGACCUGGAAGAGGAUGACCGUGACACCUGGUUACAGCCCUAUGAGCCCACAGAUCCCACCCUGGGCCUAGAGUGAGGCACUCUUUUGCCUGUGGGUCUGGGUCUUUGGCGGCUUCCUGGAUACUUUUUGCUCUCCCCCUUUUACGGAAGAAGCAUCACAAAAAUGUCAGCAAAGGCUAAAGACUCAGCACAGCAGAAAGGGAACAAAAAGAGGAACCUUUGCUUAUAUGUGUGUGUAUACACAUAUAUACAUAUAAAUACACACACACACACACACACACACACACGAUUUUCUUUAGGAAAAAGAGGCAAUUCCAAAGCUUGUUUGUGUGGAUGGUAAGAAAAAGCAAAUGAAUAACAAUAAAUUCAUGCUGUCAUUAGCCACAGUAUGCACUGUGGAAGACCAGAAAGAAACUGGAAUGGAGGAAAGAUGGAGGGAAAUCUUACUGGACUGGAUAAGAAGAAUCGGUUAGCUUGUAUAUUUUUUAUACUUUUUGUGUAUGUUUUCUAGUUCUAAAAUGUCUAGAAGCAAUGACACUUCAUAAGCAAUGAGUUCACUUAGGGCUUAGAUCCCAGUGUUAAAUGGCAUUUCUCACUGAAAUGAACUUUGAGAAAUGGCUGAUUCCAGGGUUGGAGUAGAGAAAGUACAGGUGAAUCUGGAACAUUGUGUAUUCAAAUGUGCUCAGAAACUGAUGGGGACAUAGGAACUAGGAUGAAGAGGCUCCACUAGCCAGUUAUGAGACAGCUUGAACAUUAUAAUGAAUAAUGACAAGAAUUGAUCAACAAGGAAUUGAGCAAAUAAGAAAAUUCCCUAAGUGUGCCGAGAGGUUUCUCAGUCAGAAAAUAAAUACAAAAAUGCAGAAAAAGGAAAGAAGAAAAUGAAAGGUAACUCUAUGAACUCACGUAUUUUUUUAUAUGUACAGAUAUGUGGAGCACACACACAUGUGAUAGGUAUAGGUAGGUAGGUAUGUAGGUAAGUAGAUAGAUGUGUGCCUGCAUGCCUAUGGUUCCUAGCUCUGUCAGUUUUGACAGCUUAGAAACAAUAACACACCUAGCACCCAGAAUUUAGCUUUUAGUACUGUUUUCCACAAAAGGAAUGAAGGUUUCUUUGAGAAAUGGUGGACUCCAGGGCUGAGGCAGGGAAAACACAAAAUAGGUGUGAUAUUAUGAUUAAUAAGUAUAUAUUUGCUCUUCCACCUAGACUCUCACACAGAGCUCUUGAAACCCUUAGAAUUUCCUAAAUGGUAAGAGCUAUUAGGGUGGCUUUUGGUAUUCAUAACAAGCACCUUUCAACCAUACCUUAUUUAUGUUAAUGAUAUGUCUUUUGGAAAGCCCCCUAAGGAUGGGGCUGGUUAUCAGAGGAACCAAGUAUGUGAUUAAAAGGUUAAAACUUAGACCCAUCUCCCAACCUCCACCUCCAAACUCAGUGAAGAGAGGCUGGAGAUUAAGUGCAAUCACCAGUAUUGCCAAUGACUUAAUCAACAGAAUAUAUGUAAUGAAACCUACAUAAAACUCAAAAGGACCAGGUUCAAAGAGCUUCCAGGUUGGUGAACUCUUGAAGAGGGAGAGAGAGUGGUGCACCCAGAAAGCAUGGAAGCCUCACACUUUACCCCAUUCCUUGCUUUUUGCAUCUCUUCCAUUUGGCUGUUCCUGGGUUAUAAUAAACCAGUAAUCUAGUAAACAAACUGUUUUCCUGAGCUCUGUGAGGUGCUCUAGCAAAUUACUAAACCUCUGAAGGUUGUGGGAACCUCCAAUUUAUAGCUGUCAGAAGCACAGGUAACAACCUGGACUUGCAAGGGUGUGUGAAAUGAGGGGCAGUCUUAUAGGACUGAGUCCUUAACUUUUGGAAUAUGACACUAUCUCUAGGUAAAUAGUGUCAGAAUUAACAGCUUGGUGUCAAAAAAAUAUACCAGAUGGGUCUAAAAGAUCUUGUAUUAGGGGGUGCCUGGGUGGCUCAGUCAAUUGAACAUCUGACUUCGGCUUAGGUCAUGAUCUUGUGGUUCUUGAAUUCGAGCCCCAAGUCAGGCUCUGUGCUGACAGCUCAGAGCCUGGAGCCUCCUAAGGAUUCCGUGUCUCCUUCUCUCUCUCUGUCCUUCCCCUGCUCACUCUCUGUCUCUCUUUCAAAAAUAAAUAGACAUUAAAAAUAUAAAUAAAUAAAUAAAUAAAUAAAUAAAAGAUCUUGUACUAGAAAGUACGGAAGUACUCAAAGAAUGAAGAGGAUUUAUUGUCAAAUUGGGUGUUGUAUGGAAACCAAUUUGACAAUAAAUUUCAUAUUAAAAAAAUAAAGUUUACUGAGAAAGAAAAAAAAUCAGCUCAGAAUGAUCUGCAUGCCAAAGGGGCAUAUUUUGGGGUGGCACAUUUGGCUACCCUUCAGCCCAAAAAACAAAAUUUUGAACAACACUGAAGAGGAUUAUAAUAUGCCACCCCAAUAUCUGCCACUUUGGAAUGAAAAUUAUUUUGAGCUGAAGGCAAUUGAGAAUUAACAGAUGUAGAAAGAAUCUCUCACAGAGCUUAUGUUAAAAAAAAAAAAAAGAAUGAAGGGGAGAUGUCAAUCUGACAUAAAAGUCAGCUUAAAGGAACUCUACUAGCCAAAUUUGAUCACAGUAAUUAAUGGAACUUACAAAUAAGUAAAAAUAGGAAUCCAAGCAUAUGUAUAUCUACACUGAUAUACAUAAAUAAAUGAAUACCCAAAUAGGGAGAAGAGAAAAUUCAACUCUACAACAGAAGUUUCAAAGUAUUUCCCACAAAAUAGUAAUUAUUUAUUAAUUUAGAAGCACAAUACACUUGCCAAUUUUACAGAGGAGGAGACUGGCAGACAUCACAAUAACAGAGUGACAAGAGUUAACAUCACCAGAUAUGACAUAAAUUUAUACCAUGUGUUUCCUGAUGCAAAACAGUGAAGAGAGAACAACAGCAUCACGUUUGAGGUAUUCCUGCCCCCAAAAUUCAUAAAUCAUGAAGAAAUAGACAAGCUGGCUGAUACUCCUAAAAACUGUCAAGGUCAUUAAAAACAAGGCAAGACUAAAGAAUUAUUUCAGAUAGAAGGAAACUAAAGACAGAGGAUGACUAAUGCAAUAGAGUAAUAUAUAGAGAGAAUGAUAAAUGAAUGCAGUGGUAUAAGUGCUAAAUAACUGGCUUUCUGGGAAGAAGAAACUGUAGCACUUGUUCACUUCCAUGGUGUAAAUACUACUAUGGCUGAUUUCAAGCCAUUGAUGCGACAUCAGUGAUGGAUUUGGGAAGAAAUGCCCACAACUGGCUCUUAAGCCACCAGCUCCAGCAUACCACUGAUUUUCUGUGAUUCUACAUAGAGCAUUUGGUCAUCUAUGUGACCGUUUCUCUAAAAAAUCAAAUAAGUUCAUUUUUGAGUUUAUGAGAAUGCUUGGCUACCUGUUAUUAUAAAAUUAUAGCCUUGUUCAGAAGACAUGAAUAGACACUUUUCCAAAGAAGACAUCCAGAUGACUAGCAAGAAGCAUGACAAGAUGUUCAACAUCACUCAUCAUCAGGGAAAUGCAAAUCAAAACUGCAGUGAGAUAUCACCUCACACCUGUCAGAAUGGCUAAAAUCAAUGCAAGAAACAACAGGUGUCAGCGACAAUGUGGGAAUGCUUUUGCACUGUUGGUGGGAAUGCAAACUGGUGCCGCUACUCUGGAAAACAGUAUGGAGGGUCCUCAAAAAAAUUAAAAAUAGAACUACCUUAUGAUCCAGAAAUCACACUACUGGGUAUUUAUCCAAAUAUUACAAGAACACUAAUUCAAAGGGAUACAUGCACCCUAAUGUUUAUAGCAGCGUUAUUACAAUAAGAUAUGGAAGCAGCCCGGCGCCCAUUGAGUGAUGAAUGGAUAAGGAAGAGAGAGAGAGUGAGAUGAUGAUGAUAGAUAGAUAGAUGAUAGACAAAUAGAUAGAUGAUAUAUAGAUAAUGGAGCAUUAAUCAUCCAUAAAAAAAGGAUGAAAUCUGGCCAUUUGCAAUGACAUGGAUGUGCUAGAGAGUAUUAUGCUAAGUGAAAUAAGUCAGAGAAAGAAAAUACCAUAUGAUUUCACUCAUAUGUGGAAUUUAAGAAACCAAAGGAGCAAUGGUAAAAAAGAGAUUGAGAGACAAACCAAGAAACGGACUCUUAAUUAUAGAAAACAAACUGAUGGUUACCAGAGGGGAGGUGGGGGGGAUGGGUAAAAUAAAUUAUGAGGAUUAAAGAGGGCACUUGUGAUGAGUACAGGGUGUUGUAGGUAAGUUUUGAAUUAUUAAGUUGUACACCUGAAACUAAUGUUACACUGUAUGUUACCUAACUGGAUUUAAAUAAAGACUUAAAAAUAAACUUUAAAAUAAAAUAAAAACUUAAAAAAAUGCUAAGAGAAAUAAUGGGGAAACAGGGCAAAACAGAGAGAGAGAGAAGCAAAUCAAGAAAUAGACUCCUGGGGUGCCUGGUAGUUAAAUUGAUUAAGAAGUGUCUGACUUUGGCUCAGGUCAUGAUCUCAGGGCUCAUGAGUUUGAGCCCUGCAUCUGGCUUUCUGCUGUCAGCACAGACCCCACUCUGGAUCCUCUGCCCACCUCUCUCUUUAUGCCCCUUCCCCUCCAAAAAAUUAAACAAACAUAAUUAAAAAAGAGAAAUAGACUCAACUGUAGAGAACAAACUGAUGGUUACCAGAGGGGAGGUCAGUCAGGACAUAGAUUAACUAGGUGAUGGGAAUUAGGGAGUGCUUUUGUCAUGAUAAACACUGGGUGAUGUAUGGAAUUGUUGAAUCACUAUAUUGUACACUUGAAACUAAUAUAACACUGUAUGUUAACUAACCAUAAUUAAAGUAAAAACUUUCUAAAAGUUAUAGCCUUAUUAACAUACUACGUAUGAUAUUCAGAAAAAAAUUGGUUAUGUAUAAUCAUUUGUAUUAGUGUGCAAAUAUUUUGGUGUCCUACUCACAAAUGUUGUAUGAUAACAUUAGAAGUAUGUUCCUUGACUGUAUACAAUGAUUAUCCAUUCCUUUAAUAUUGUUUUUAUGCAUUAAAUAAUAAAAACAAACAGCUGAUACAAAA